UAGGGCUUGUUCAGGUUGUUGCUCCAUAACGUGAUAUAUUAGAGCAUCCGCAACUGGGGACGUCGAGAGUCCUUAGCAUCCUAACCUAGACAAAUUAGAUUAUAAUAAUAUUAUUUAAGCUAAAUAACCUAAGGAUCAAUCCGUAAAUAAGGAUUUACCGGACUUGAUCCUUAGAGACGUGGCAUGAUUUGAUUCGUUUGAUCGGCUUUUGAGUUUGGUAUUGGAAAAAAAAAAGAAAUCAUUUUCGACGGAAGACGCAGAAAAAAAAGAGAGCUCUCGACGAAAGGCGAUUCGAUCCGUCGGAACACGAAGGUAAAUCGAAGCCUUCUCAUGGAGUUUUUUGGAUUUAGAUUAGGUUCGAUGUUGUAUUUCUCUCAAUUUAGGGUUGGGUUCUCGGUUUUCAAACGAUUUGGGAAUUUUUUCGUAUGAAGUUAGGGUUUCAAACGAUUUGGGUUUUCAAUUGAUUUGGGGAUCUUUUCGUAUGUAGUUAGGGUUUAUACACGAUUUUGAUUUGAAACGAUUUGGGGAGCUUCUCGUUUGUUUUACCGUCGAUUAUUACAACCGAGUUACAAUCGAGUUUUACAAUCUUCUCGUUUGUUCUUAAUCUUUGGUCAUGUUUUGUUCUGACGGUUCUAACUCGAUCUCUCUGUUUUGUUCAAUGAAGUGGGAGAACCGGAGGGUAGACCUGUUGGGAUCAAGGCUGCUGCUAAAGCUUCUACUAAGAGGAAGAAGAGUGGUAAAGAAGAGGAGUUGUCACAGUUACAUGCCAUCAUGGAAGUGAAACAAAAACUCUCUAAGCAGAAACUGCUUGAUCGUUUACUUGCCAAAAAAGAUCCACUCACUGAGAUGGAAACAUCUCUUAAACUCAAGCUUAUGUCUGAGAUGUUAUGAGGUAGACAUGUCGUAUUGCGUAGUUUAGAUAUCUCGUAUUAAGUAGUUUAGCUAUCUGGUAUUAAGCAGAAACUGCUUGUGUUCUUUUGAAAACUAUAAGUUCAAAUUCUUUAUGGAGUUGUCUUGAGUAGUUACAACUACUUUCUUAUUGUAUCACAUGUCGUAUUACUUUAAUUAUUUGCUAACUCUUGUCUUUUGUUUUGUUUCAGGUGCAGCUGUAGGACAUGUGAACUAAGUCACAGGUGCAUUUGUGAAAAUGUUUAGCUCAUGUGAAUCCAAGUCACGGGUUGUAUGUAAGAAAUGUUCUAUAAGUUUCCCUUCGAGCUUGUCUUUAGGUAGCUAUCUCGUUUGCUUAGUUUCCACCAGACCUUCUUUCCUUUUGUUUCCUUUUGCUACUACUGUAUUCUCGGAGUUGUAAUCUUCUUUUGCUGUAAUUCGAAGUUGCGGAUGCUCUUAUGUCCAGCAAGUUGUAAUGAACAAGUACUCUUUCUCAUAAUUCGGAUACCUAAAUAUGUCAUCAUUUUCAUCCGAUGAACUCGAAGAAAGAUUGGACGAAAUUUUCGACGAAUACUUCGAAGAUACAUUCAACAACAUAGUGGAGGCCCAAACCAUUAAGAAAAGGAAACGUGCUUAUAUAGAACGAAACCGUGAAGCAGGACACGACCGCUUAUGGAAUGACUACUUCAGCGAAGACUCGACAUUCUCGUCACAUUUAUUCAUACGCCGUUUCCGCAUGAAUAAGGAAUUAUUCUUGCGUAUUGUCCAUGGCCUAUCAGAGUGCAUUCCAUUCUUUCAGCAAAGAAGAGAUGCAACCGGGAGGUUUGGUCAUUCUCCACUACAAAAAUGUACGGCAGCAAUUCGUCUGCUUGCUUAUGGUUCUGCGGCUGACACGGUUGACGAAUAUCUCCGACUUGCUGAGACCACUGCACUUUCGUGUUUACAUAAUUUCACUGACGGAAUAAUACAGUUAUUCGGAGAUGAGUUUCUACGACGACCCACACCGGAGGAUCUUCAACGACUACUCGAUAUUGGAGAAAAACGAGAGUUUCCUGGGAUGGUCGGGAGCAUUGACUGUAUGCAUUGGGAAUGGAAAAAUUGUCCAACCGCUUGGAAAGGACAAUACGCACGUGGAUCAGGAAAACCGACAAUUGUCUUAGAAGCUGUAGCUUCACACGAUCUUUGGAUAUGGCACGUUUUUUUUUGUCCUCCAGGUACCUUAAACGAUACUAAUGUCCUCGAUCGGUCUCCUGUUUUUGAUGAUAUUUUAGAAGGUCGAGCUCCCAGGGUAAAGUACGUGGUCAACGGACACAUGUAUAAGUUGGCGUACUACCUCACAGACGGUAUAUAUCCAAAUUGGUCAACAUUUAUCCAAUCUAUCACACUCCCUCAAUGUCCUAAACAAGAGUUAUUUGCUAAAGUUCAAGAAGCACCCCGAAAAGAUGUGGAGCGGGCUUUUGGAGUAUUGCAAGCUUGAUUUGCGAUUGUGAGAAACUCGGCUCUUUCUUUGGACAAAGAAAAGAUAGGGAAGAUUAUGAGAGCAUGUAUCAUACUACACAAUAUGAUAGUCGAAAAUGAACGGGAUGGAUACACUCGUUAUGAUAUAUCUGAAUUUGAAGAAGGAUACGUCACCAGAAGUUCACAGGUGGAAACCGACAGGCCUACAAAUUUCAAUAAUAUGUUUGGCAUUCGGAAUGAUGUUCGGGAUAGGCGUAUACAUCAACAUUUGAAAAAUGAUUUAAUUGAGCAUAUUUGGAACAAAUUUGGUGAUGAAAAUUAAUAAUUAUUGUAUUUUUAUGUUUAAUUAUUGUAUCUUUAUAUUUUUAUGUUUAAUUAUUUUUUUAUUC